GGUUCCGACGAAGCAAAGCUACCACUGUGCGUGUUCGUGGAUAUCGAAAUCUUAUCUUUUUUUGUCUUCUUGCAUUUCACGCUUUGACAAGAUGCCGCCGAAGGUACCACCGCAGCCGGACUUCUCCCGUUUGGCCGCCGAAAUGCGGAUGAGGAUGAACGCGUACGGCGGCUUCGGCAACAUUUUUGGCAUGUCCGCCCUGAUUGGUCUGGGCGGCGUCUCCAUCUACGCCCUCUGCAAGUCCGUCUACUUCGUCCCCGGCGGCUUCCGUGCCGUGAAGUUCAACUGCAUCACGGGGUUGUACAACCAAACCUACGGCGAAGGCGCCAACUUCGCCAUCCCGUUUCUCGAGACCCCAGUGGUGUUCGACAUCCGCAACAAACCGAUCGAGGUGCCCACCGCCAGCGGCAGCCGGGACCUGCAGACGGUGAACAUGGCGGUGCGUGUGCUCUACCAGCCAAACGUGGACAAUUUGCACCACAUCUACCGCCACAUCGGCGUGAACUACGCGGAGACGGUGCUGCCCUCCCUCAUUAACGAGAUUAUCCGCGCCGUGAUUGCGCAGUUCAACGCGUCGGACCUCCUCAUCAAGCGUCCAGAGGUGAGUCACCGCAUCGGCGUCAUGCUGGCGGAACGGGCCAAGCGCUUCAACAUCGACAUCACCGAUGUCUCCAUUACGCAGAUGUCUUUUGGUAAGGAGUACACGAACGCGGUGGAGGCGAAGCAGGUGGCGCAGCAGAUGGCGGAGCGUGCCAAGUUCCGUGUGGAGCAGGCGGAGCAGGAGAAGCAGGCGGCGAUCCUGCUGGCCAAAGGUGAGGCGGAGGCGGCUAUCCUCGUCGGCAACGCUGUAAAACGUAACCCGGCGUUUAUCGAGCUUCGUGGGCUGGAGGCAGCGCGCGCGAUUGCGAAGAGUCUGCGCGAACACGGCCAGGGUCGCUUCUACCUGGAUAGCGAUUCUCUUUACCUGAAUGUGAAGGACCUGAAGAUUAACCACGGCACCACCAAGUGA